AUGGCCCUGCGAAUGGAAAUGGAGAAGGAGCAGCAGCAUCACCGCAGAGAUGGUAGCAGUUCCGGCGGUAAUGGAAGAGGAGGUGUUGGAGGUGGUGAAGGAGAGGGGCAUUAUUUGAUAGCACACAGUGGGCAACAACAAGAACAACAACAACAACAGCACCAUCAACAACAGCAACACCAUCAAGCAGCAGCAUCUGGUUCGGUUGUAGGGAUAAUCGCAGAGACAAGCGAGGACGAUAAGAGCACCAUCAUAAUUAACCACCACCAACAGCACCAACCUUCUCAUCAAACAUCUCUGCACCAUCAUCACCAACAGCAGCAGCACCAACAGCAUCACCAUAAUCAGCAUCAUUACCAGAAGCAACAUCACCAUCGGCAACAGCAGCAGCAGCAGCAGGAGCAAGUUGUGGUGACAACACCGGCUAGCAUGAUGUCUCCGAGCGAUCAUCAUAAUUACGCUGCCACGGUCUCCGACACACGGCACGUCACGACGAGCACUAGUACGGCGUACCACAACAGCUAUCACCACCAUGGCGGUGCGAUCGUGAGCGGCCAUGGCACCGCCACCGUACAACAACAGCAGCCAUCACAACAUCUCCAAGGUGCAUCUGGCGGUGGUGUUGUAACAACGGGAAUAAUUAAACAUGAAAAACUGUAA